AUCUCCGGUUCGCCCGACCUUUCCGUUCCGUCCGCCCUGUUCCAUCGUGUUCCUUACGGUUCCAUUCCAUCCUGUAUUUAUGAUAAGCCAUACGACUGGGAACGAGCAUGUUACGUCAAAAAGUAUAAAGGUUCGAUGGACCAGCAACCAUUCAGUUAGAACAAGAAAUUUUAGACGAUAAUUUAUCAGUGAUCUUUGUAGAGCAGCAGCAUGGCUUCUGAGGAAUCUAAUGACGCACAUAUUAGCACAGAUCAAGGACAAAGUCCCUCAAACUCACGUUCCCCCGACGAACCUGAGCUGCCCUCGGUUCAAUUUACCAACGACACUGCGAAACAAAACAAACCGGUUGAGUUGAUUAGCAUUGAACCCGUUGUUGAUGGUAGAACUAGUGAAGGAAAUCAUAGCGGAAAUGACCCCGAUGAAGAACCCUCUAGGAAAACAGGGCUUUCCAAGUACAACUGGAAAAAUUUCUUGCCCUUCGCACGAAGGUAAAAUAUGUCCUAACCUAUAACAACUUGAGUGUAUAUAUCGUAUUUACUUAGAUGUGUAAACUUACAUUUAUGAGGGAUCAAUUGUCGGUUGACUGAGUAUCUUAUCACUUUCCUUUGUUUCUUUUUGUUUGUGUCGAUAUCGUCUGUAUUGGUCCCUCGUAUUCCUACUCGUACACCACGUUUAUUCUCCACCUCUACGGUAAUAAAUUAUAUCUUAGAUGACACCCAUUUCUUUUCGAUCAAAAAGGUAACCCGCAUUACAAAAAACCGCUAUUGGAAUUACUUUCAAUUUGUCCAUCAAUUCUUUCAUUUCCUAAUGUUCGCGUGACAAGUUGCGCUUUCAAACGAUUUGCAUCUCUUGUUAUUUCAUAGAGGGAAGUCUGUUUAUGUAGUUACUAUAAAACUAUAUUCCACCAUCGUAUUCCUUUCACAUACUCUAAAACGGAAAACCCCUCACCUGCUAGGCUGAAAAUAAGGAAGAAAACUGCUUAUGAAGAGGACAAGAUAAAUUACCUCAACUUCUUAAAAAGACAUCACAUUUUUCCAAUAACAUGCAUGUAGAUCACUGUGUAAGCUGUGUGAAUGAUUGAAAGAACUGUCUAUUCCCCUGUAGUUUGAACCCUUUACACCCUAAUAUCAGUUUACAAGUUCUCCAUACUGUUCUCCAUAAAUUUCUUAAGUGCUGACAAGGAGAAUUUGUGUAAAAAUCAAGAGCUUCUUAAGUUGGUGAUCAAUUCCUUUAUUCUUGUGACCUAAAUGUGAUUCAGGGGUGAUAUUGUUAGAAGAAAUUAGAUUCUAGCCACUUUAAAGGGUCAGAGGGUUAAAACAAGUUUGUAGAGAGUAGGCUGAACACUGAUAUUGAACAGAAAUGAUUGAUUUUGUUUUUUUUUAGGAAUCCUUCUAAACCUGCAAUUGACGAAGCAGGGUUUUUGUCACUGAUGUUUUUGACCUGGGCGACUCCAGUCAUCCGUAAAGGAUUUAAAGGAUCUUUAGAGUUGGAAGAUUUCGAUAAAAUUUCCCCAUAUGAAUCUGCAGAAGUCAAUUUUAAGCGAGGAAUAAGAUUGUGGAAUGAAGAAGUAAAAGAAAGAGGACUUGAUAAUGCAAGCAUUGUCAGAGUUGUCGGAAGAGGAGUGAAAACAAGAAUCUUUUUUGGCAUUUUUUUUCUAAUUUCAUCCCAGCUUAUCAGCUUCCUUGGCCCAGUGCGUAAAACUGCUUUAAUUUAUUUAAUGACAACUUUGAAGGAGAUUAGGUCUUUUAGCUUUUCUGGCAUAAGUAUUUUUGAAUAAGUAUGUUACUCAUAGUGUGGUUAUUUUAAUCGUCCUAUUUUAAACACAUACUGACAGCUUACACUCAUUGUAUUGCCUAAUCUUCCCAACUUAUUUGGUAAAUUGGCAAACAAAUCAUUAUGUUAAGCAAAAACAUGUCUGGACUUGGUUAAUAUAGGAAAACCUUGAAUUUGGAAAUGUUUUAAACUGCAACAUGAUUUUUGGCAGCCAAAAGAUUUCACUAAAAAAGUUAACUGAUGUAGUUCUCUAUAUAGUGUAUUUGUACUUUCAUCUGCAAAAUUCAAAAUUUUUAUUUGAGUGGGUAAUUCAAGAAGUGAAAAAAUAGUUUGAACACAGCAUUUUAACCUUUCUGAUUUACUGUGCAAUUUCUUUGGUAUUUACACUCUUCAAUUUGGCAAUAUCUUUUUCACAUUUGUGUUAGAUUAAGAAAUGCUUUUGAAAAUGGUUUAUGUACUGUUAAGUAACAUUUGUAUCCCUUUAUAACUAUAUUCUAUAGGCAAUCUUUGUGCGUAACAUUCUGGAAUAUAUAGAAGAAAAGGAUUCAUCUUCAAGACUGGAAGGAAUUGGUUGGGUAGGUUAUAGGACCUUUGACUUUUUCUUUUUCAGAAAUAUUUUUAUGCAUAAAUGUAAAAGCCUGAAAUCAGAGUGUUCAGAAAUAGUCAUCAUAGAGCAAUACUCCAAACAGAAUUAUAAAAAUGGUAUCCAGUGACAUGUUGUUAUUGUUUACUUUACUUUGUUAUGAAUAGUUUGAAUAUAAGGCUUUUCAAUAUCUUCAUUUUGUUCUUUUUUUUUUCCUAACAGUGCAGUUUUGCUGCACAACAACUAAGAAAAAGGGGAAAAAGUUUAAAAUUACAAUCAAGUUUAACUCUUUAGCACAGGAUCAAAAGUUUUCCCUUCCAUGUUUUGACAUAAUAUAAACUAUACACUUUUACUGUCAUUUUGUUUUUUGUCAUUUUGAUAUUGAUGAAUUGCAUUGUCUAUUAGGUUAUUGGGCUGCUAUUGGCAGAAGUAGGGAGGAGUGUGUUCUUGUCAAUGUCAUUUUUCACAAAUACUCGCACUGGAACCAGGGCUAGAGCUAUGAUUCUAACAAUGGUUUAUAACAAGGUUUCAAGACUAAGGAAUGUGGGAGACAGGUCCAUUGGAGAGGUAUGAGAAAUUAUUUUCAUUACAAUUUGGAUCAGUGUCUGCAUCCUCCCCUAAAACAACAACAGUCAACUGAUAACAAGUUAGGGUUAAUGUUAGGUUAGGGGAGGGGCAGGUGUGAAAUUGCUCAGAUAUGGACAUUGAUCCAAUAAUUUGACAAUUACUCUAUCAUUUUUUUCUAUUUGCAAGUGAACAGGAAAUAUUGAACUUCUCCUGUGAUUCUUGAAAUGACAUUUUGAGUUAAUCCCAGGUAGUUUUUCUUUUGAUUGGAGUAAAAAGAUUUUGUCAAUUAAGAGUCAAUAUCAGAAGGAUUUCCUUAUGAUAUGGUAAUCUGGUGUUGUACCCUCUCUGCUGCAGAUAAUUUACUGACAAUUAUAUUUCAACCAAAAGUGUGCCUAAAAAAGUGAGGAAUUUUUCACUCAUAAAACUCAUCCUUAUUUGUACAGUUUGUGAACUUGUGUGCAUCUGAUGCAGACAGAGUCCAUCAAGGUGUAGCCCUAUGCAGCUUUGUUUUUGGUGAGAAAGUAUAUUGUUUGAUAUGGAGUAUGACUGCUUUAGUGUUCAAUGCCAUUGUGAUAGGUCGUUGUUUUCCACAAGCUGUAAAAAUUAAUAUUUCAAGCUCUGCAUUUAUGCUCUUUUGUGUACCAUUUAUAAACAUUAUUCCGUAGACCUGGUAAUUAACUCCUGCACCCAGUUGUUCAAAGGGGGUAUAAUGCCAUCCAAUUAUUAAAUAACUAUCAAGCAGAUAAAUAUUUACAAAAUGUACUGCACUACCUGAUAGAGAUUUAUUCAUUGGCUAGCAUUUUCCACCAAUCAAACAAGUGGGACCUGGAGUUUAAGUUUGGGUCAUAAAAAAUUAGCUAGCCCUAUUAAUCAUGAUGUACAUUUGAUUUGACUCUCAACAAAUCUCCAUUGAUUAUAAUCCAUCCGUGCUCCUGUUGUUGAUACUGUGUGAAACAUGCUGGCUUAUUGGAUCCAGGUUUAGCUGGAUCAUUGUGCCACAUCCUUGGUUAGGAUAUCUUAUUCUCCUAACAUCUCCCCAUUCAGGAGUAUAAAUGGGUGAGAGAACUGCCAGGGAAAACUGAAGAAAUGCUGGGGAAAAAACUUUUGGCUUCUCAUUUAGUGAGGAAUUGUAUUUUCUCCAAGUUGCUUCCAUGAUACUUAAAUCAUAUUAAAAGGCCUGACAAUGAACUUUUUAGUUUCUCAGCUGACAAAUAUUUACAGCUGUAACAAGACACUUUUGGUUUUAAAUUUUCAGGUUUUCCAGUUGUCAUCACAUGUACAAUCAUUUACACAGUUAUUUAUAUUGGCCCAUCGGCUUUGAUAGGAUGUGGGAUAUUUCUUCUGUUUUUUCCUAUCCAGGUAACAUAAUAAAAAAAGUAUGAAACAGUGGUGCAAUAUGAAAUAAUAUAAAUGUGUAGAUGUCCUAUUUGUCUUUGCCUCUCCUCAACAUUUAACUGUAAGUGAUGCAUGCAGUCUGAAAAUUAUAAAAACUUUUUCGGCGAUUUUAACAUCUAUAAUUAUGUUACUUUUGUUUUUGUCAGGCUGUUAUUGGUAAACUUCAAGGAAAAUUUCGCACCAAAGUAGUUAAAGUGUCAGAUCAGAGGGUAGGUGCAAAAUUUUACAUUCUGUAGAAUAACAGUCACCAAAUUAGUGUAUGAUUAUAAAAUGAAUUUUAGCAUCAACAUGUACUGCAUAUUUUAUCCCUGAGCAGUUAAGAGAGCAACUUACAACAGCAACAUGUUGUAUGUUCUCUAUCCUUCUCCACCUCUCUUGAUGCAGACAAUUAACAUUCAUGUACAGUUACCUAUCCCUCUUAAACUUCUUUCGUCAGCUAACGACAUUUAAGCCAUGUGAGACAAGUUUCAGUCCUUAUGCAUCAUAUUUAGACCCUUAUAGCCCUUAUUUACAUGAUUCUAACCCAAACUAUGGUUUUAUGCAAGCAGUGGACCUCAGGCUUUCUCAAUAAGAGGGUUGAUUUAAUUUAGGAAAUGUCCUUCCACUGUUAGCAUUCAGGUGUUUUGACACUUUUCACAGGAAUAAAUGUUCAGUUUAAAGGUCCAGCUAACUUGAGAAUUGUUUAGGAUACAGUUUUGUCAACCAAUGGCUAAAAUUCAUUGAAAUAACCAGCCCUUUGUGUUGGUCUGAUAUGGUGCUUAAACCCAUGACCUCUUACAUGGCAUCCCAGUGCUCUCCCAGUUGAGCCAAUCAGGCAACAGUUCUGAAGUGGUUUUCACACUGAAUGUGCGAUAUUAGGGUUGUAAUGUUCCCUACUUGAGAUAUUUCUGCACUCAGUACCUCCCUCUAACUAAGAGCAGUAGAAUUAGUGAGCCAGGGAGUUUGCAAAAUUAAAUUAGAUUAAGUCAAUACAUGCUAAUUUCUUUUUUUUUGCUACUUACUAAAGAUGACUUAACUUUUGUAGUUUUUUUUUUUUUUAAAUUCCUCAUUUAUAGAGAAUUAUACCUGAUGCAGACAAAAUUUUCUGGUGCAACCACCUAUAUACCACACAAUGUAUUUUGUCCCCAAGUUUGACCAACAUGGAAGUGAUUCAACUUUGUGUUUAUGUAUUCCUCUUUUAAGGUCCGAAUGAUGAAUGAAAUAUUGAACUGUAUCAAACUUAUCAAGAUGUAUGCUUGGGAGAAGUCAUUUGCUAAAGCAAUAAGUGGUAUGGGUGUGGUCAUUUUUUAAAUAGCUGAUCAUUUUCAGUUACUUGAUCCACGGGUUCACUAGUCCUGUAGGUCAAGUCAUUGACACCUUCUUGUCAGACAUGUCAGUUGUGAUUCACAAUUUCUGUCCAGGAGCAUUGAUCUAACACUCUCAGGACUGAAAAAAAUCAGUCUAUUGCCAAACAGAGGGUGAAUAAAUGUGUGGCAGACACACAGCAGCUCUACUUUUGAGAUGGUUAGAGUGUAGGUAAAAACUUGCAUAAUGGAGCAAUCACUUGUCUAUAAACCUAAAAAAGUGAUCAAAGUAGAUUACACUCAGUGUUUUUAAGAAUAAGUCCUUCUCCAGUAAAAUGUGCAGGAAUCCAUUUGAUACAGAUCCUAUUGGACAGCAGCAGUGUAAAAGGACACAAUGUUCCUAACUAACAGUCGAACUCAGUCCUUUCUAUUCAUAAUCUUGCAUUUAGUCUCCAUGUUUCUUACUGCAGUUCAGUUCUAGCAUGGUAAUCACUAUUGGCACUGAUGUCUAUGUAGUGGAGGUGUUUUGAACAAUCAUUAAUUUGCUUUUUAUUCUUUGUUUUUCUAGGUAUUCGUCAUCAGGAGAGAAAGCACCUCAUGAAGAGUGCUUUUCUCCAAGGGUUAAACAUCUCCAUGGCAUUAAUUGUCCCAACUAUUGCCACUGUAGCAACAUUCAGUGUACAUGUUGCUACUGGCAAGAAUCUCACUACUUCACAAGUAAUUAAUUAUUUAUUAAUCAUUUAGUAAUUAUAAAUUCAUCUUUAAUCUUCACAAUUAAUUAAUUUAAUCACAGGUAUGAGUGUUUCUUGUUUAUAUGGGUAUGUUAUGGUUCAAAGCAAGUUCUCCAUGUUGCAUUUGUGUUCCACCAAUAUGACACCAAUACAAGGCCAGCACAGCCUCCUAUACCCAUCAAACAGGCUUACUUAACAAAGGAUUAGACUUUUUGAUAAUAAUAAUAAUAAUCAAAAUUUUUUUAAAUCAAACUGUCAAAUGGAUGAUGCAACCACAACAAUAACAAUGAUAGUAAUAAUAACAAUAAUAAUGAUAUUUAUAAUAACAAUGAUUAUAAUAAUAAUGUGGAAAAUAUUGUCUCAGUGAAUAGAAAAAUACUUUUGCACCAAUCAUUGUUUCCCCUGUCUUAGGAUGGAGGGAUCAGGAAUUUUUUGACUCCUUUGCAGAUGAAACUGCCAAACAAAUUAUUUUAAGGCUGAGAAGUACAAUGUAAGAAGUAUCUAUUUGGAUGAAAAAUAAGUAGACCCAUUUUACCUGCUCAGGCAGCCAAUGAGAAUACAGGAUGGGUUUUGUCUUUCUUACUUAAGGAGUGCAUUGCCUUAGAGACACUAGUGCUUGUCUUAUGGUACCUCCGCCAUUUUUAGGCUGUUUUGGUUGCCGUUAGUUUUACAUGUAGCUUCCACUAUAAGCUGUCAAAGUGGCAAGCGGUCGGUAUUAGGGAAUUAUUAUUUGCUUUUACCACAUAGAUUAUAUUUGAUGCUAUGAUAACAUCCUUUUCUCCAGGCAUUCACGGUGACGACGCUCUUCAAUGUUUUGGUGUUUUCUUUGGCCAUUUUACCAUUUGGGAUAAGAUCUCUGGCUGAAGGGAGGAUUGCACUGAAAAGACUUCGGGUAUGCAUCUUAGUGUUGAAACUGUAACCAAAUGUCAUCAAAGAGCCCACUGGAAAUCAUCUUUUGUAAGAACACUCAAGCAAUCCAGCAUGAUCUAUUUUAAUUAGAUCUAACUGGAAAGUGUUUAUGAGAAUAUGAAAAUACCAGUUUGCUCAUUAUUUAAUCCCAAAAUUUCACGAUGUCUUACAACUCAAGAGUGUAAAAAGCCCCGACUAAUUGAAACAGACGUUCAACAAGGUGAACUAAUUUUAUGUCCUGAUCAAUCUGAUGAUAUUAUUAUCUUUAAUUUGCAGCUCUUUAAACUAAUCACACUAUUACAGUAAUUGCAUGCUAAAUGCUAACUCGUUAUUUGGUUAAAUUUUUUAGAGUUUGAUGGUAAUGGAAGAACUUCAGCCUUUUGUUGAAAGACCAGCCGACCCUCAAGUGUCUCUCUCAAUAUUAGGAGCUACCUUUGCCUGGGACAAGGUACCGUUUAACUGGUGUGAAAAGAAGUGUUUGUGCUACUAAGAAAAAAAAAAGAGACGGAGAAACAUAUCAAUUAGUGCCAAGUUGAUGUUUAAUAGCUUCGUGGACUCUUUUCUUUAAACCCGGAAAUCUUUUUAUACUUAAAACCUUUUAAAAAACUUUUAUCUCAUCGACAUGGGUUAUACCGGAUUUAAUAGCGUCAGGCAGCUAUAAACCCAGACCUCUUGGGCAACGAGCUUCGGCAAAACAGCAUGUUUAAAAGAGUCUCGUGAAAAGAGGUCCCCAUUACCAAAGAAAUCUUUAUAAUCUAUGUCAAAUAUGUGUCUGUCGUUUAUAGGUGCACUCCUAUGAGGUUAAGGAACAGAACGGAGAAGGUGCUGAAAAAGCCGGACAGGAUGGUAAGUUUAUAAUUUCUGCACAAAAUUUCCUGGCUCUACAGGUCUAAUUUACGCAUUUAUUAUUUUGUGGGCCUAAAAGAGGAAUUUGGAACAAAACGAUUUGCAUAAAAUUAGAAGCAUACGGAUGAGUAACCCAGUCCUGGAUUGACGAUUUCCUUUAACGGAAUGCACCGUAGAACUGAAAGUUACAUUUACAGGAAAUUAAGUAUGAUAACGAUUAUCACAGAUGUCUUAAUUGUUCGUUCCAAUUUGAGCAAAGUACUUCGUGUGUUUUGAAACUCUGGUCUCGGAGAUCCCUUUGUCAAGUUCGAAAAACCGUAAAUGGCAGGUUCUGACGUUUGUAGGUUUGAAGCUUCUUGAGGAAGGGCGUGACAAUACUACAAAGAAAGGGUCUAAACAGGGUGGGCCCCGUGGGCGUGGCCCUGUUGAAGUGCGAACCACACUGGAGUCAACAUUGUUUGACAUCGAUCUCACUGUCAACAAGGUAUCUUUGUGUAUUCUACUUUUUUAUAUUUGAGUAUCUUUAAGUAUUUCACAGAAUUAGUUACACGAAGUUUAAUUGCCGACUUGGCGGCUUAUUUUGCGUUUCUUUUUUAUCUAUCUUUUAUUCAUUUGUCUUUUUAACAGAAAACCUUGAUUGGUGUUUGUGGAAGCGUGGGGAGUGGUAAAAGCUCCCUCUUGCAAGCUCUCCUUGGCCAGGUUCGUCAUGCUAAGAAGACUAGAAAAUCGCUCGCUGUCUACUUCAACCGUUAAAUCGCCAUUUCGACUUAAGCGCUAGACUACUGGAAAGGAGGCACUUACUAGUCCAUGACUAAUCAUUCAAUUACUUAAAGGAUGUAUUCACAGAUAGCGAGGAAAGACGCAGAGGCAUUUUAUUCUUUUCACUUUCUGAGCUUUGUGAAAAAGAUAUCGACAUUACUAACCCAAACAACAAGACAUUGUGUGCUUCCUUGAUCACUGAAUGGAAGAGGUCUUUGCAUUUAUUGCUGUAGUGUAUGAAAUAAAGUUGUAUUAAUUCAUUGCACUGCAUAAGUAACACUUAGUCCUAGAUGCAUAAAUAUAAUGCAUGUUGCUUUUCAGAUGAGGAUUCAGAAGGGGAAUGUUACCAUUGGUGGAUCCAUUGCGUACGUCGCUCAACAGGUAAGUAACGUGCCAAAGUGUCUCCGGUACAAAUCAGUACCAUGUGACUGUACCUCCUGUUAGUAUCGUGUGACUGUACCUCCAAAACAGAAUAGUGCUGUCUGACUUUACUUCCAGUACUUUACAUUAAUGUAAAGACUACGAGAAAAAUCACCAAACCUGUUCAUCUAACGUCUCAAUCUACUUUCAUGUCAGCUUGCGACUGAAUUCGGCCUUAUACCUCGCGCGAUGAUCAUGUUCACAAUCAAUUAAGUGUAUCCGCUGCAUUGCACCUAACAUGCGCAUUACUUGCACCCCAGGCUUGGAUUAUGAACGCCACAGUAAAGGAGAACAUUUUAUUGGGAAAACCUUACAAUGAUUCAAGGUUAGUGAACCAACUUUACAUUGCGUUCUUACGAGCCAUACAGACAAACUUAUAAGUGGUGUGUGAUAUUUGGUCGCUUUUCUUUCUGUGUCCAUCUUCCGGUUAAAAAAAAAAAUUCAAGUGGAAACCAACUGACCUCGCUUUAUGAGUCAGGCUUAGAAGGGAGGGGAUCAGUAGACCAGAAAUCGAUGGCUUGCUAGGAGUAGCGAUGCAAAUGUGCUGUGUUGAUAAUGAUUUUAUUUUAUUUUCACGUUUUAUUUCAGAUAUAAAACUGCCCGUUUUGCCUGUAGUUUGGAGCAGGACCUUAAAAUAUUACCCAAUGGUGAUGAAACGGAGGUGAAAAUUACCUUCUUCUCGCGUUUUUUAAUGUUUCGGUAAAAUGUUUUUUAGGUGACAAAAUGUUACGACUGACUCUUAAACCUUCUUUGUUUGUGGAAAGUGUAGGCUUCAGUUCGAUGGCGAACGAAAGGAAGAAAUUUUAGUAUGGAACAUGGAUAUUUAACCAAAGGGAUAGAUUACCUGAUGAGUAUUAGAGCAAUUUUCAACUAAAUCUCGAAAGUGAUUCGGGAUUACAUCGGUAAAAAUGAUCUUCAUUCCGCUAUGUGAUUGGUCUUCACACCUCUACCCUUCAGCCAACCAGAAGAAAAAAUUGAAUGGUUCCGGCCCUCUCCACGCGCUAACCGCUUCGCUUUGUUUGGUUUGAGUUCUCAUUACCUCGUUGAGACAUUUAACUUUGUUUAGUAAUAGCGUUUGGUUUUGAUUUUUCGACAAUCAUGCAAAUUUCACUCUUCCAUGAUGAUUUCUUUAUGUCUUCAUGCUGAAGAUUGGUGAACGCGGAAUUAAUCUCAGUGGUGGACAGAAGCAGAGAAUCAGUUUAGCAAGAGCCCUGUACUAUGACAUGGUGAGAUGAUCAUUCUGUUUUGAAAAGCGAAACAUGUACAGUUUUCGUCAUUCUUUAUGACUGUGUCUUAUUUGUGUUCAUGUAGGAUAUAUAUUUGUUAGAUGAUCCACUGAGUGCAGUUGACGCGCAUGUUGGACAGCACAUUUUCAAGCACUGUAUCAAAGGAGCCCUUUGGAAUAAAACCAUUAUUUUUGCAACACAUCAGCUACAGGUACGUUAGGUUGUUACUUUGCAGUGUGGGCACGAGUCUGUUUUGGGGCGAGUUAGAAUGGAUAUCUACGAUAACAAAGCAGGUCACCAGCUUGUCAACCCACUGAGUCGGGAUUCUAUUAAAUGAGGUAGAAAUAUGCCUAAUGUAUGUAGUUUUCCAGAACUGGAGAGGAAUGGAAAAUAGUUUGAAAUUUUCAACUGGUUUAUUUCUGGCUGAAAUGUUCCUUUUUUUAUGUCGAAUUUCAUAUAAUAUGUUGAUGGAGUCAAAAUCAAGGUGGUUCUUAAACAUUGUAACGCUCUUUUUGUGCUCGAAAUGCAUUUUGGUUACUUUGUGUGUCUGGAAAAAGGAGGCAAAUUGCUUGAAGAAGUCUCUAAUUUUGCCAAAAAAGAACGAGUCAAAACCCUGGAAUGGUACACAGAAUUAAUUUUCAGUCGGAGAUUUUUAUAUGAAUGCCUAAGGUGAAAUGUCUGUGUAAAGGUUGGCAUUUGAUAGCCUUUGUUCUGUUAUUACGGUGCACUAUGAGCUGCAUGUUUUAUUCUUUGUUUGCAGUACUUGAGUCAGUGUGAUGUCGUGUUAUACAUGAAAAGUGGCAAGAUUGCUGAAAGAGGGACCUAUGAAGAACUUAUACGCAAUAAUGGGGUAACAGCUCUUUUGUUUAUACUCAAAUAUUGAGCGGGUUUUUUAAUUCGUUUGUGAAUUUUUCGUAAUUUUUGUUUUAUAGUGUGUCCCCUUAAGUUAAAAAAAAUAAAUUGCUCACGAUAACAGAUGAUUUCUUCAACCUUAAAGCGUAGUAGCUUUAACUGUUGAUCUUUUUAUAAUUAUUUUAAUAUGCAGUGAAAGCCUCUGGAUGCAUUAAAAAAUUACAAGUUAGGGUGUGACUACGUGAUCCAUCUGCUAAACAAGAAUUCUAACGUAAAAGGUCUAAAAAUUAUGAAUAUAUAAAUAAAAGUUCUUCAUAACUAAAAAAUUCUCUAAAAGUUUUAAUGAAAUGUUGCAAUUUUUAUGAUGUCGUGAUUUUGAACACUCUGUCUAUGUUCAGAGUGGUGCAUAGUACUGCUUUCCGCAUUCUUUCCAAAACUUGCUUUCCUGCUUUUCCAUAGAUGCUUGUCAUAUCUCCGUCUUCAGAUCAUCUUCGCCCGCCCACCACAUCUAUGAUAACAUUUAGCUGGGCGAUCUUGUACCCCUCUAUUGUUGUUGAUAUUAUUAUUAUUAUUAUUAUUAUUAUUAUUAUUAUUAUUAUCAUCGUCAUCAUCAUCAUCAUCAUCAUUAUUUUUAUUAUUUUUUUAAAGGAAUUUGCCACCUUGAUUCGCCUGUUCAUCAGAGAAGUCGAAGAGGAGCUUCUUGAAGACGAAGAGGACGCAUUUCUUCCCACUCCUGAUGCACAACAAAAACCAGACAGUCCUACCACGCCAUUAUCACCAGAUGGCAUCCGCAAACUUGUUGAAAGGACACUGUCAGUUGGUCAAAGGAAUAAUUCUACUCGAGACAGUUUCACGGAUGGCAACUUUGAGCCCUUCAAACUCAACAAUCGAAUUAGCAGACGUUCCCGUGGCAGUGCCAAACGGCGAAGUUCGAAGAAGAGUGGACUGGAGGUUGAGGCGGCUGCUAGGAGAGAGGUGGAUGAAAAGGAGAGACGUCAGCAAGGUAACCGGCUGCCUCUGGAAAUAACAAAUAAUGAUGAAAUCGUGAGCUUCGCAUUAAAUAAUCACCUUGCUUGGUGACCUCGCCUGGAAAUCUGAUACGAAAUUACUCACUCAUCAUCGAAAAUAGACCGUUCAGUUUAGUUUUUAUACUGCGAUGAGCCCUCCUUAAUAUUUGCCCACGCCUGUGUUUUUUUGCAUGAUGCCUCUUUCGGUGCAGGUAUAAGCAAACAGAAGUAUAAAAUAGCCACGAAGAGAGCAUCAGCUCAUGAAAUGGGAAUUGACUGGUAGUCCAAUAUUUUUGUGGUUUUCAAUUUGUCUGGUCUAAGUUAGUGACAAUCGUUUAACAGAUUUCAUUUUUGAUCACAGCUGGCAAACUUAUUCAACAAGAAGAUCGAGCUGAAGGAGCAGUGACAUUUGAAACUUACAAGACCUACAUGAAGUCUGCUGGAGGUUGGUUGAUUCAGUGGGACCCGCUUCAAACUUUUUACAAGCAGAAAAUUUUUAUCUUCGUUUGGUUCCUCUAUUAACCAUGCAAACUUGAAUUUUUUAUUUAGAACCGGGAGAGCAGAUUGACAAUGUAAACUAAAAAACAUAUACCCUUGCUGAUGAGAAGUUGUUUUUCACUAAAUAUGGCGAUGUUGUCGUCGCCUCAGGCUGUUCAUGUGGGCAGUAUUAAUAUGAACUAGUCUUAGAGCAGACUAUUCAGACCAGCCGAAGUGGCAAAAAUAUCUCGACAGUUUUCAAGAUGUUUUUUUACAACAGGGAUUGAUCUUUCCUCUUCUUCCGCUGUUGAAUGAAUGUUGAAUGAAUGUUGAAUGAAUGUUGAAUGAAUGUUGAAUGAAUGUUGAAUGAAUGUUGAAUGAAUGUUGAAUGAAUGUUGAAUGAAUGUUGAAUGAAUGUUGCUGUAAUUGGCCGAAAUUGUCCCAAUAACCGUUAUGACUUUGUGGAGCGAUAUUCUUCUCUAGUGGGUAGUAUAGUUUGCUUAGGUGAUUACGGAAGCUGAGGCCAAGGGACGGCGAAAGACACUUUUGUGUUUAUUUUGUAGGUUAUUGUAUAUUUCUGUUCCUGAUGUUAUUUGUGACGGCUUGUCUCUGUGGACAGUUGUUUAUUGAUACGUGGCUCGGCAUCUGGCUGAAUGCAGCAUCUGAACAGGUUAGUUUUACAUGUCUCGUGCUACUCAUUACCUCAGCAAACCCGAAAAGUGGGAUUCUUCAAUUGCUUGUCUCAGGUAAUGUGAGAUGGCAUUUACUUUCCUUCACUCCACUCAACCAAUAGGAAAAAAGCAUUAUUUCUUUCGUUUUCCCUCCUUUUACCACGCUGAAGCUUUUCAAAACCCACUCAAUAUUCCUAAUAUACCUAGGAAGAUAAAAUAUGCUUUACUUGCGGUUGAUGUAUUCACAUUUAUUUUCAGAAAUUUCUUAAUAUAACUCCGGAAAAAUCCGGCAUCAUAGCCGGAAAUCCUACUAACAACUUCUACAUCAUGGUGUACACCCUUUCUGCUGUGGGAUUCUUCUUAGGAAUCUUGAUUAAAUCCUACCUGAUGGUCCACUUCACGCUCAAAUCAUCCUCACAUCUCCACGACAAAGUGUUUCACAAAGUUUGUCGCGCUCCAAUGGCAUUCUUCGACACCACACCCACUGGAAGGAUUCUGAACAGGUUCUCGAAAGAUCUUGAUGAAAUAGACAUACAUCUUCCUUUCAACGUUGACGCAUCGUCACUAAACAUUGUUCGUAUUUUUAUUUCAAUCGGCAUGAUCGCCACAGUGUUUCCAUGGUUUCUUCUGGGUCUGGCUCCCCUGGUUGUAGUUUUUAUCCUGAUUAAUGUGGUUUUUAACCGAUCGUCUCGGCAGCUCAAGCGCAUGGAUGGAAUAACUCGCUCGCCAAUCUAUUCACAUAUAACCGCCACGGUACAAGGUCUGUCCACUCUACACGCUUACAAUAAGAUGACCGAGUUCAACGCAGUUUUUAAACGCUACCUUGAUCAGAAUACAAGGCCCUUUUUCAUGUUUUUCUGCGCGCAGCGCUGGUUGGCGGUUCGUCUUGACAUGCUGACAAUCUGUAUAGUUGGCAUAGCAGGUCUGAUGGUGGUGCUUAUCAAGGGAACUCUACCUCCAGCAUUUUUAGGUCUUGUGUUGACAUACUCGCUGAGGGUAAGAAAGCUUAAGGUCAACAUUAUUAUGUCAUGAGACAAAUUAGUCCUUAGUUGCAACACUCAUCUAAAGAAAUUUCAGAAAAUAAAGCCUGAGGGAAGAAUUCGGAAGUGGACAGUUCUUGAACACGACUUAACAGAGAUACAAAGCCAUCUGUUGAAACGGAGACUAAUUUAGCGGAUUCUUUGCUACCCGCAAUGGUAUCUAGGAGGAAUGGGUGUAAGCCUAGUACAGGCCUUAGUUUAUGUAAUUGCGUUAAGUCUUCUUAAUAUGUGCAGAUCAAAUCGUCACUUUCCAAAUUCUACGCGGUGUAAAUAGCUACAUAUGUACGAAAAUUGCAGGAACACGCUAGCCAUCUGUAACUUACCUACCAACCACAAAUCACAGGAUUGCAAGAAACUUUGCGCAACUCUUUCAUUACAUUCUCCUCUUUGGACAUUCAGUUUUUUCCCAUACCUUGAAGCUGAUUUCAAGGCAAUUGUCCGUAUGUUUCGUAAGUUUGAGCUUCAUAGAGCUCAGAGUCGUUCUGCAGACUGCUUGGAUCAAAAAUGUGGAAAGCACCAUGUGUGUAAACAGAAUUAGAAAGACCGUAGAUUUUGAAUUCGUUAAAUAGAGAAAGAUGUUUUUCAGUCUUAACACGAGCAUGGAACAACGCUGCCACGCUCGCAAUGGUCUGGCUUACCUUAGAUUAUCUGUGGUUCGGUCGUAAUGUAUCAAAACGCAGAAUCUGAAGGUCUGAGGUUCGAUUCCUCAUGAGGAAUUUUUCUUUUGUUCCACGCUCGAGACUAGACGAAAACAAAAAAAUCGUUCUCAAUAAUCAGAGUCUCUUGGUAACACGUUUUUCCCUUUACUAUGUAUAGAUGACAUCCUUGCUCCAGUUCACUGUCCGACAGGUGGCGGAAACAGAGGCGCGGUUCACAAGCGUCGAGCGAAUCAGCUAUUAUAUCCGCUCUGUGCCCAGUGAAGCUGAACUGGAAAUCCCGGAUAGGAAACCUGCACCUGAUUGGCCAAAUGGUGGAGUGAUAAAGAUGUCAGGUGUUAAGGUAAGGAGACCGUUGUCCUGUUGGAUAUGCUCAAGUAUUUGGCGUAUUCAGAAUAUUUUCAGUUCGUAUAACUUUGUCAAUAAGCGAAAGAGUCAGACAAUGGGUUGGCAAAUGGAUGCUUUUGAUCUUGGUUUGGGUCCGUCUGUUCACAUUUAACUCUCCUAUACUCGCCCUAACCUGGAAUGUAACUAAUAAAGAGAUUACAUGCUGCCCUGGGUCGGCACAAUGAUAGUUUAUAGAUGACAUAAAAGUGUGGUAGGAACCACUGAUGUUCCUGCCGCAUACUGACGUCUGCCGCAUAUUAAUUUACAGAACCAAGACAAUAUGGAAUCAAUUCGUUUCAUCUGAUUAAAAAAUCUGACCUUGACCUUCCAUAGAUCAUAAGUUAGAACCAAUCAAAAGGCGUUUAUAACUUAGUUUAUCAUAUAAAUGGUUACCGAAGUAUUGUAUAGUCUGGAAAUCUAACCACAAAGAGAAAUUAAUUCCCCUUACCCUUAUGGAAAAAUAGGUCUACUGUAAGGGGUCUUUUAUAUGUAGGAAAACGACUGCCUGGUUAUUGUAGCCCGGCAGCAGCGUCAAAGUCAUGCCUUUGUAACUCUGUUACCUUCAUAAAAUACAAAAAGAAACUCAAGAUAGCUUUUACGUUGGACAGAUGCGAUAUCGCGAUGGGUUGCCUCUGGUGUUGGACGAUAUCACCUUUGAAAUCCGGACAUGUGAGAAGAUUGGCAUUGUCGGUCGAACAGGCUCUGGUAAAUCCUCCCUCGGGGUGUUGCUAUGGCGAUUAGUUGAGCCUGAGCAGGGCAGCAUGCAUAUUGAUGAUGUCGACAUACGUCAAAUAGGUUUGUAUAACAGUUAUUAACCAUAUUAUGGCUGUUUGAAAUGGCUUUUCGUUUUAGGAAAACGUAAAAAUGCCCUUCUUUUUCUUGAUUAGAGCUGGAUCCCAUCGACUUCUACCCCAUUAACCGCUUUCAUAAUGGUGGACAUGAUUGUUAUUAUUUUAUGAGCAUGCAAAAAAACGUUUUUGGCCGUACUUUUGAGUGAAAAUUAGAUUUUUGUCAAGGUCUGCCAGGCAAAUGUGGCAAUUAAGCCAUUUAUGAAUAAAGGUUUAUAAGCAUAUUUGAAAUCUAAGUGGCAUUGCGCAGAGUAAAUUAUUCAACCAUCAUAAACAAGAGGUUUGGUCAGGUUUUCAUGGCAGUGUCUUUUUGUGUUGGCAUUUAUUUUGUGGUACGGUUGGGGCUCCUUUGUUAACCUAUUUAACCUUUAACCUCUUCUGUGAUCUAAAAAAUUUCGAGCGGCAUGAUUGCCACAGUGUUUCUAUGGUUUCUUCUGGGUCUGGCUCCCCUGGUUGUAGUUUUUAUCCUGAUUAAUGUGGUUUUUAACCGAUCGUCUCGGCAGCUCAAGCGCAUGGAUGGAAUAACUCGCUCGCCAAAGCGAUUUGUUGGGGUCAAACGACUUUUGUAGGCCUAUGACAAUUUUAUGAAAUUUCGACAGCUUUUUUUUUGCGGCGGGUCUGUCAUUCUGGAAGUUGAAAUCCUUUCCUUUUAAAAUUUUAAAGGGCUGGUUAUUUAAACUAAGUUUAGCCGUUGUUUAACAAUACUGCGUUCUGAACUGUCUACGAUUUAGCCGAACCUUUUGAUCUGAAGGUUAAUUUUGCUACCAGUGGAGUGACAUUCAUUUAAUUUACUCAACCCUUUUAUAGAGAAUCUCUAAGGCCAACCGCUUUUGUUUAACCGUGGUUUGAGUCAGACCUCGUGUAAAUAACCGGUUCUUUAAGUUUAGAGACUAUACGAAACGAGAUUAGCCAUUAUUUAGUGACAUGCAGAUUCAUAAAAAAAAGACAACAACAACGAGAGAUAUAAUUUAAACCAUCUUCCAGGUUUGGAAGAUCUUCGCUCCAGAAUAUCAAUCAUCCCUCAGGACCCAGUGCUAUUUGUGGGUACUGUCAGGUAAAUUAUUUCUUCUUACGCUGUAUUGGCAUCUGCUGUUCUUUCGUUUUGCAUUGUUUCGCUGUUGUUUUUUUCACUUAAAAAUCUUUUCUUUUCAGGUACAACUUGGAUCCAUUCAAAGAACACAGUGACAAUGAAAUAUGGACUGCCCUCGAGAGAGCACAUUUACGAGAAACGGUGGGUCCUUCCUGUAACGACGUUUUAUGAGUGAAAUUUGAGGUGGCUGGAUAUCCGUGUAUUUGCGUGAGGCUGAUCGAAAACCUAACGUCUUACCAAGAAAAUAAAACGCUAGACGGCAGCGUUUCUUUUGUAUUACACUUUAAGACAGCAAAAACAAAAACAACCUGCAGAAUAUAUUUUUUAACCUCUCAGUAUGCAUUUUUUUGGAGUCCUUUACUUUCCUUGUUUAACUUAUGUAAACUUAAGACAGAUGUUCGACGGUGAGCUUAAAAUUUACCAUCUUUCUUAAUCUAUUCAAACAGACGAUAUUUUCGGCAUAGCUGUUGUUGCAGUAUACAACUAGGACGAUUUUGAAUUCGAGCUUAUGGCCUCGCUCGCCAACAAGUUCUCUGUAGCUCAGUUGGCAGAUCAUCUGAUAGCGAAAUCCAAGGAUCCUUCGCUUGAAAGAAGAGGCACUAUUCAUUCCGCUACAUAUGCAGAGCGUAUGUGAAACUGACAAAUGUGCUUUCCAGUUGACCAUGUACAUAAAGCGUGACCUUACUUGACCAAAAGUUUAAAAAUACAAAGUCAGUUCGGUGACCUCGACUUCAUACCUCUUCAUCUUUCAUUUCCCGAGUUCAGUGGCUCGCUGCCUCUUUGAUUUUUAAUCUCUUAAACUUGUUUGGUUUACUGACAGCAUGGCCUCAACCAACUGACAUCCUAACAUAGUUACCUUUCGUAUGGCUCACUUUCUAUAGGAUGUCUAUACACGUUGACAUAAUUUACUGCAAAUGUAUCAGUUGAGGUUUGAUCAUUCAUUUCAGGUGGACAGUUUGCCUGCUCAGCUCAUGGCACCAGUCUCUGAAAAUGGCGAAAACUUCUCCGUGGGUGAACGUCAGUUGAUCUGUAUGGCGAGAGCUUUGCUGAGGAAUAGCAAGGUUAGUUUCAAUGAAUCAGAACCGAAUAUUAUCAAUAUUUGCUCUUAGUAUAUACCACAGAAGUUAAAAGUGAUUUUCGCGUGCUCUGAUUGGCUGGUUAGGAAAUGAGUAGCAACUACCAUUUACCUCCGAGUAUAUAAUAAAACAAUUACAGGUUUACCUCAGUGACGGUUUAUUGGAAAAUGGAAAAGUGUCAACAAAGGUACCACCCAAGGAAGUGUCAGCGGGCCGCACUUGUUCAAUGUCUUUCUCAGUGAUUUAGAGAUACACUUGGACAAUAAGAGCGUGCUGGUAAAAUAUGCAGAUGAUACAACCAUUAUCUCGCCUGUGAUAGGUGAUAAUGACAAUUCUAUCGCACUGAUUAAUCAGUUUUCCCAGUGGUCUAGAAGUAAUGGUAUGUGUAGCAAUCCAUCUAAGUGCAAGGAAAUCAUUUUCCGCAAGAAAGGUUGUACAAUAGAGUUUCCGAUGGUGUCUGGAAUACCACAGACAAAAGAGCUUACUAUUUUAGGGGUAACAUUUCAGGAAGACAGUAGGUUCAUAACACAUAUUCGGGAAAAACUAAUUAAAGCAAACAAGUGCCUGUUCAUUUUAAGAUCUUUAAGGAAAGAAGGGUACAAUCAGGCCGAAAUAGACCAUCUGUUUCUAAAUCUGGUUCUACCAAAUAUAUUAUACGGGUUGUCCGUAUUUGGCGCUGUAAAUUCCGAAUUAACAACAAUCCAAUGUUUCUUAGAUCGAUGUUAUAAGCGCAAGUAUACAUCCGAUCACAUUAAUGUUUAUGAAUUGUUAGUUCAACAGGACACGCGUAUCUUCAAGAAUGUUUUUAAUAAUACAAUACACCCUUUAAGAGCUAUAAUGCCAAAAAAGAAAUUAACCAAGUACAAUCUGAGGAAAGAGACAAGUCACCAUCCUAAAAUAAACACUGAUAGGUUCAAAAACACGUUUGUUAAUCGCUUAAUUUUUAAACAUAAUCUAGUCUUAUAAUUUUUAUCUUGAUUUUCUCUGUAAUUUAUAUAUAUACCUUCUUUUAAUGUUGUAACAUAGGAUAUGUGAUUAUUUAUCUUAUGACUUAAUAAAGAUUCAAGAAGAAGAAGAAGAAUGUGGUGGAUAUUUACCUCGCCGCUUAGCGGAACAAUGAAUUAUUGUUAAUUAUAGCAACUGUCUUCAUUGGAUAAUAGUUGCACACUUUGUGAUAAUUUUCCACGUGUUUCUCUGUUAUCUUCCUGUUAAUGUAAGUUUUUUAUUUAAACAGAUUCUAUUACUAGACGAAGCUACAGCUUCAAUUGAUCCUGAAACAGGUAAAACAUGAUUUGCUUUUCGAAUGCUUUGUUCCAAGUCUUUUUUUCGUUAAUUUUCAUGUAGCUCAACCACAAUGUUGGUCAAUGUUACACGUACUUCAGCUCACUGUAAUGAACUUUGAGUAGGGCAAUUUUUAUUUUUGAAAAACAAAAGCGUUCCCAGUUUUCUUCCUUAGAGCACAAAAGAAGUAACAUCGACGCUGUAUUGUUGCCUUAUUUUCUCGAUCACUACUGCAAGAGUUAGAAAUAAGCUUCCUUAGUUUUUUCUUUGUUUUAAUUGAGGAUCUAAUUUACUUUCUCCAGACUCAAAGAUUCAAGACACGAUCCGUGAGUCGUUUAAGCACUGCACUCUUCUCACGAUAGCUCAUCGCUUGCACACAGUAAUGGAUUCUGAUCGGAUCCUUGUCAUGGAUCAUGGGAAGGUCAGUAUGAAAAAACAGAGCUGCUUGAACCUCUGCUUGUGAUCUGUAGUGAUCUAGCUUAAGUGAUAGACGAAGUUCGUUAAGGCGUGCAGGAAUUACAAUUAACUUUCAGCAAAAUAAGACAGAUGCUGUUCUGAAAAGGGAAAAAACUGAAAUUUCGAGAGACAUGAAGCCAUGUAGCUCAAUACAUGCUAAAGUGCUCGUCGUUUGUUAAGAGAGAUCAAACUUCGGUGUUUUGAUCAGUUUUUUUUACAAGUUGAUUUCUUUCCAGAUUGCAGAAUUUGACACUCCAGCUGCUUUGCUUGCAAAUCCAGACUCCAGUUUCAGUAAACUAGUGCAGGCCAUGGAAAUAUCAGAAGAGGAUCAUUAUCUUGUUGAGUAAAUAUAACACCAUAGAUGGCUCAACUCACGCAUCCGGUGAAGUCAAAUCACAGUUUGACAUGAGAAGUCGAAAUCCAGAUUUCAUUUGUACAGAUACAAAUGGUGAGACUUGGGUUGUAAGAGAGACCAGAAAUGGUACUAAAAAGAACUAGCUUUUUUCCAGGUGAACCGAUUAUUGCCAUGCCACAACUAAAUCACUUUGAUGAAAGAAAUACAUCGCUUUAUUACACACUUAGCUGUUAAACUCCUCAAUCUUAUUGCUCUAAAGAUAAGCUAAACAUAAAUGCGUGGUUUUCUCGUCUCUUAAUGGCGGAUUAUCUGUUAAUUUAUCAUAAGAGAAACUGAAAAACAAGACUUAUUAUGAUCUUGGCUUAUCACAUGGAUUUUUAAAGAGAUUCAUGUAAAGCAAAAUUAUACGCACAUUCAAAGCAGCGUACAUGUAUGAAUACCUUAAUAUUUUGUACAUUGGAUCAGCAGUGUAACCUCUUGUAGGUUUUAAGUCAUAUUGGCCUAAACCUUCCUAGAAGUGCAUUUUUGUCAAAUCAAGGGGCUGAGGCUGUAGUGGCCCGUGUAUGACAGCGGGAACUGAGUUCCAAGAAAGGGCGAUAAUUCUUUGCACAAAGAACUUCUUCAUUGUACAAUCUAGCGAGAAAAACUGAGCAAUGCUCUUCUCUGAGGUAAUGUGAUCUCAGAUGCUCUAAGAUGAGUAAUUUAUCUAUAGCAAAGUAGUUUAGUUUAAUUUUUUAGAGAUUAUUGACCAAUGGUGUUUCAAAUGCUUUAAAAUACAUUUUUUUACCCGUUUUAUAUAUUUAUUGAUCUACUUUCACACGUAAAUAUUAUAUACAUUUGUAUUUUCAAGGAACUCGCUUAUUCAAAACGAGUGUUUUUUAUUCAAAGGGUUUGAUUGGGCAGCAUCCCAUGUCACCAUAUUUCGACCAUUUAUUUGUAGCUCUUACAAUCCUGAUUUAAACAAAAAUUAUGCUCAUAGGGUGCUGCUUCAGACUAGAGGAAAAAUUUUGCCAUCGUACGAAAACUAGACUGACCAGUUAGAUUAUAGCAUUAUUACCAAAGGUGGGAGCGCUGAAAAUAUUUUGGUAUCACUUAUUGUAAAAAAAACUCAAGGAAUUAAAAUGAUAUUUUGAAAAAUAGGUAGGUGCACAAUUAGAUAGAAAUUGAAGCUCUUGGUAUCAAUUCAGUCACUUAAACAAGAGAUGCGCUUGAGUAAGGUUAUUCCCAAUAUUCUGAAAUAUCCUUCGAGCUCUGUUUUUGAAGGACGUGAAGAGAGAGGAGUAAUGCAAUGCUUUCCUUCAAGAUAACCACCAUUUUUUCUCACAAAGUGGUCUGUAUGACCCAUGCAUGAAGUUUAUACGUGAUAGGAUCUCUGAAUACAAUGGUACUACACUUUUUCACUGCCAUAGCUGCUGGGACAUGCGGGCUGGGAGAGAAAUGGAUGAAAGGGUAUGACAAACGGGGAAUUUUUCUUUUUCAUUUUCAACCUCAGUAUCUCUCGGAUGGUGUUGUUUUAAGCGAUGUUUCAACAACAAAUGUAUGACAACCAUUAAUAUCCUAGAUUUAAUUUAAAUUUCUGGAAACUGAUUAACCACGAUUGUAAUAAAAUUCAGUGAAAC